AUGUGUGAUGGAUUCAAUAUCUUAAAACUAAAUGAUCCUAACAGUGCCUUCACCCAAACCAAACCAAAUGAUAGCACGGGUGAUGCUCUCUAUAAAGGGCCUGCACAGCUCUCUCCUUCUCAGCUGGUGGAGUGCAGAAGUAAGCUUGUGUCUGAAAUUGAGCGUCUCUUGGACGAGGCGUCCGAAUGGGCACCUCAGUUCCAGAACACUCUCCUCACUAUUUCUAAUAGCAUUGGGAUCCUCGGUGUCAACAUCUCAAACGAAGUCCAAUUCCGCGCUCACUUGGAAGGUAAAGUUAAACUAGCUUUCAAAAAGCUUGGUGUGCUCAACAGAGCAAAACGUUACUUUGCGUCAAAGCAUAGACUCCAGCUCUAUAAAGCGCAAAUUCAGACUGCCGAGGUGAUCAGGGACUUUGAACGGCAGUUCCUCAAAAAUGGCAGCCUUAAUUUCGCUGGCUACGAUGAUGUGCUGAUGACCGGGAUCAAUAAUGGACAUACUAUACUUUCCCGGAAGAGCUCUGUCACACAAAGCUCCAAUAUUAACUACUAUAUAUUUCGAUUCAACCGCAGAUACCCCAUGGAAAUUCACUUUGUGCACGUGCGCUCCGACCUUGAAGUGUUUGAAGCCCUACAGCGGAAGGACGGCUUGGCUAUUGUCGCAGUAUUCUGCAAUGUCCAGGCAGAACAGAGCGACCAUGAAAGGGGGGCCUUUGAAGAGCUCAUACAGUACAUCCCCCAGCUGAUGAGUAAUCGAGACAGAGUCAGUGGGAUGCUAAUGGACUUAAGGAAGUUGAUGAGUCCGGAAAAGGGCUCACUCACGUCGCCGGAGUGCAACGAGGUGGUCGUGUGGAUCAUAUUCUACAAACCUAUUUUCAAAUGUUGUGAACGCUACCGCAUGUUCGGCAAGGUGGGCAUAGGAAAGCACAACUUCAGACGCCUUCAGCUGCUGAGCCACACCCAGGUAUUCCAGUCGCCGGAUGCACUUCUCACCACGCCGCGCGCCAUUGUCGUCAUCGUUGACGCGUUCAGCCUUGUCACGGCGUUCUUAAGGAAUAUCACCAGGUCAGCAUUACAGGGGCAUAUUUGA